UUAUUUAAAUAUUUUUAUUUAUUUUACAAUUUAUCGAUACGAAACAAAUAUUAUCCAACUAAACUAACUCAAAAUGUCCGACGAAAGUAUUUCAAAUAAGGAAGAUACUGAAAACCUGUUAUACAUCGCCAGAAAAUUACAAAUUGGCGACGAUUCUUAUGGGGAAGGUCAUCCUUAUAUGCGAGAGUCUGUGAACUCUGAAGGAUCUGUAUCUACGUCAGUAGAAAACCUCACAGCGUCUCAAGUGGAGCUAUUGGACACUUUGGAUCAUAGUUUAGGACCACAGAUAUUUAAUGAUUCCAGAGUUAUGGCCAAAACACAACCAUUUGAAAUUAUAUGGUCUUUUGGAAUGAACUGGAAAGUAAACAUUGUUAAUCUUACUAAAGAAGGCAGGAACGAAGUAUUUUAUAGCAGUUCCAAUGUUCCAAUAAUAUAUAAUUAUUGUAAUCAAACUUUGGUCCAUUUAGGAUGUCAUCAUAAUUCAAUAACGUACAUAUCAGCAGAUGACCAAGGAAGAUGGUUGGUAACAGCUGCUGCCAAAGAAGGUUUUGUGCAUAUCUGGGAUUGGGAAAGGAAGAUUGAAAAUGAGAAACAAACGCCGGUAUGGUCAAUGUUCGCUGUCUAUGGAAACCGUGGGGUAAAUAUGGCAAAGAUAAGUCCAAGUGCCAGAUAUUUAAUUACUAUAGGGCCUAUUAAAGAAGACACUUAUUCGGUGGAUAUGUGGCUUUGGACGUUGGGGAACGAUAUUCCUGAAGAUUCGUAUAAAGUUUCUAAUGUUCAUGGAUCCCCCGUUCAAAUUUGUUUUAAUCCUAACAUUGAAGAGCAUAUUAUGGUUGUUUUUUCGAAGCAGAUAUUUUUAUUACAGUGGGACAUCGAAAAACAAAAAUUCUCGUUUAUAGUAACACCCACAUUAAUGCAUAAGAAUAAAAUAGGAUAUUUGACAGGUGGAACUUAUGCUGAUUCUUGCCAUGAAUGUUAUACCAGUAGUAAUAAAGGCUGUAUAACUAUAUUCCGCAAUACCCUAUACGCUAAACGAUUCGAAGAAGGAGAAUUGGACAAUUCGAAGAUAUUCAUUGGUUCCAGCAAAGUCUCUAUGGUAGCACUUGAAUGUUGUACGACUGUUGAUGGGUUAAUUGUGACUGGAAAUGCAAGAGGAGAAAUAUAUUUUUUUAAUAAACGAGUCGAAAUUCUGUACUGGCUGCGAGAUUUCAACUUGGGAGCAAUCGUUUCAAUCAGCUUCAACUUGAAUCCCAAAUUAAAAAUUCAAGAUCUUAAUAAAUAUUUUAUAACACCUUCUAAAGAAGACGGUGGCAUUUUUAACUGCGAUUUUAACGAUAUGGCAGAAGAACUAGAACUUCUAUUCGAACAAGAGUUACCAACAGAUGCCUCCACGAAAAGGGAGCCAUUUAUUGUCAGAGACUUUUUUGUCGCAACGUCACAAUCAAAUAUAUAUGCAAUAGAUGUAGUAAAACAUACUUGUACUCCCAUAUUCCAUACUGCUGGAGGAUAUGUAACAGCUAUAGAAGUUCACGAAGAAUCAAACCACAUAGUAAUUGGUUAUUCCACUAAUAGAAUACUUCUAAUGGAAUAUGAGAAAAAUAUUGUCAUAAGUGAAUGUAUACUGCCUAAAUAUGAAGAAGAGAUCAAUAGUGUUAUAUCGUGUAUAAAAUAUAGUGUUAAAUCAUACCAUUUAGUAUGCGGCAAAACCAAUGGUGAAGUUUGGAUACUGGAGCCAAUUUUGUUAACCCCUAGAGUAGUUGAACCAUUUCAAGUUACAAAGAACAAAGUUGUAAAGAUUAAAUUCUCUGAAAAUCCAAUUCAGUUUGCGUAUUACGAUGAUAAAAGUACGGUAUGUUUGUUUUCCUAUAGCACUGAAAAUAGUAAAUGGAAAUUUAGAGGAAAGAUAAGAGCUCAUUAUCAAGAGAUAACCGAUAUAAUGUUUCUACCAAAGGCGCCUUCAAAACUAUGCACCAUUGCUAAAGAUCGUCAUUUGGUACAGUACAAUAACAAUGAUGUUGACACCGAAGACUUUAACAUUGAAAGUACAAAUAGAAUAGAACAAACUGCAGUACCGAUGUGUUUCAUGUACUGGACUUCUGAAUCUAAUUCUAAGCAUACUGGAUACAUUAUCAUUGCUGAUAAUAAGCACAAACUCAAAUUUCUAUAUCCGGAUACUAAGGUUCCGAAAUCACUAGUACUCGCUCCAGCUUUUGGAUGUUUCAAAAAUCAACUUAUAAGGAAAAUGAGUAUAUUACCCAAUACACAUUCAAGAUACAUGAUAUUCUGCACUGAUAGACAUUUUGGUAUACAAAUUCUGCCUCCAGAUGGAAAUCCUUAUAAGUAUAUUGGCCACUUGGGACACCCUGAGAAGAUUCAAGACUUUGCUGCCUCAAACGAUGGAAAGUAUGUAUUUACCUUUGGCGUUAAUGACCAUUGUGUUUUUAAAUGGAGCGUGAACAUAAAUGCUGUGGAAACUAUGAAACAUCUCGGGGGAAAAGAACUAGAACCAUUCUACUGUCUUAUAGAAGGAGGCUACCACGGAUGGUUAUUUCACGAAAUAAAAGAUCUGUUUUAUUAUAUGCAAAUUUUGCAACAAGAAAAUAUAGAUUUACCACGGAGAGUAACAGAUAGUAUCCUGAUUACUGAAAUACCCGAUCUGUUUAGAACUAUUGGAUAUUAUCCAUCAGAUUUUGAGCUAGAAAACAUGAUAAUUGACGUAAAGUACAGGAAUAUGGACGAAACCAACAAAAUGAAUGAAGAUAUAAAUUUCAUAGACUUUGUAAAAUUGUACUGUAACUAUAAACCAGUAUAUGGUUACGCAAAUGAUGACAUUGAAGCCGCUUUCAACUUGCUUGUUAAAUAUCUGAACCCGUAUUAUGCAAAGGCUCACUCCAUUAGUAAGAAUGAUCUGAUUGAUCUUCUUACCUCCGGAGGAGAACCCUUUACUACUGGAAGCCUUUUGAAAUGCUUUAAAACCUUAAUGCGAGUAGAUACCUUUGAAGAAGGGUUUGCAUUUUUACCUGACGACAUAAACUUUCAAACAUUCUUUGAAGAUAUUCUUGGCAUUGAUAUGCACCGAGAAGGAAUCAUGGACAUAGAAAGCUCUGACGAGGAAGAAGUAGCUAUUACAAAGAAUGCUACCAUAACGGUGCCACUUAAUGAAUAAAAUAAAGGAAUUAAUAAAUAUUUUAUUUUUAAUAA